AUGAGGGGUUGUCCAAUGAAUUCCCUGCCAUUCGAAGUAAGCAACCGGGCGAUGCAGGGGUCCAACUUCUCGGACCGUGGUAAACAUACCGAGCCCGUCUAUACCAAUCUUGGGUUAGCUCCCGACAGACAGCCGAGCAGUCCGAUGCUCAUUAUUGCACUGCCGGAUUCAAGAUCGGGUAGACUCAACAUCUCCAUCCUUGGCGAUCAACCUGUCCCCCGGAUCUCGAGAAAGGUCAAGGCUUGUACCGCCUGUCGAAAACACAAGAUCAAGUGCAUUAUAGAUGACCGGGGCCCACCCUGCCGCAGAUGCACGGAGCGAAAGUUGAGCUGCGUCUUGGGCAAGAAUCUUCAGACCAUCCUCGAUGAGAAGUCACACUUUUCCGAGUCGGUGGUGCAGGACCUUGAGCAGAUGCACGAUUUUCUUACGCAGAUUGCCAACCAGCUCUCUCUUGGCGAGCCACCGCCACUGCGAAGUUCGUCAGCCAGAGACGCCGAAGGCUCGAUACCGAAAGAGGACUCAACUGUUCACUCGACUUCAUCCAUACAAGGCCAUCAAGGUCCGUCAUGCGACAAUUCCCCCAAGUCGAUGCCCGAGGACGAGGGGCUUCCCUACGUUCCCAUCCACUCACUCUAUGCCCUCACGAAGCUCAGAGCUUUGCGAUCUCCCGACAACAACGAAUUUCGACAGGAUGAAUCUAUCGAUGAUUUCAUUUCUCGCGGAUCGAUUUCUCUUGCGAAUGCAGAGAGCCUCUUCGUGCUAUAUAGGGACCGCCUAGAUCCCUACAUCUACAGUAUUGGCUGUCCAUACAAGUCGCUAUCCGAGCUACGCCACAAGAGUCCAUUCCUGACAGCGGCAAUACUCACCGUCGCGGCGCUCCACGACCCGAAAGCAGACGAUCUAUAUCGAAUAUGUAAAUCCGAAUUCCGCCGGUUAGUUGAGAAAUUCAUCUUUGAGAGACGUAUCGACCGCGACUACCUUCGAGCGAUGUGUAUAGCUUCCUACUGGCUGAGCGAUCUCUCGUGGAUGCUCUCCGGAUAUGCCAUCCGACGAGCGGCCGAGUUCAAUCUCCAAGAGAGUUACGAUCGAGCUAUUGAAGACCAGAGCGAGGAAGAUGCGGAUUGCGCAAGACUCUGGUACAGCCUAUAUGUGUGCGACCAACACCUUGCAACGUUGUAUGGGCGGCCUUCGAUUGUGCAAGAGGAUUCAUCUAUCCAGGGGUGGGAAGCAUUCUUGCAAUCAAAAGUCGCAACCGAAGAAGAUCAACGCCUCCUCAGCCAAGUCGCGUCGGUCAGUAUCCUUCGAAACAUCAGAGAGCUAUUCAGUAUUGAUAAGCGCAAACCCAUCCCGCGCAUGUAUCUCAACCACAUUUCCCAAUUUCGGAGGCAACUUGAUCAAUGGUUUGAUCACUGGAGUGGAGAACUACGAGAACACUGGCCCUUGAUUGGAUCCUUUCCUCGGAAGGGGAUCGUCUUGCACUAUAACUUCGCUCAACUGUACCUCUACUCGCAUGUCUUCCGUGGUCUCACAAAAGACGACCCGAUCCCUCACUACUUUUUGGACUGCACUUCAAAGGCAAUAUCGGCAGCAAUGGCAAUCAUCGACCUCAUUGCCAACGAUCCCGAUGUGGUUGCUGGGAUCGUCGGGAUGCCUUCGUAUGUGCAUUCCAUGACGGCAUUUGCUUGCAUGUUCCUUACCAAAGUCUCCAUCAAGUAUGGAGGUAAUCUCGUCGACCGCGAGAGAGUAUUCGAGCUUAUCACGACCAUUGUGCAACAGUUCCGAUCGCAACCGGCAGGGAAGUGGCAUCUGACCAAGCUGAUGGUUAGCGGGCUGGAGCGAAUUGCUGAGACACUUCAGCCAUUCGCCUAUGGGCAAUUCAGUAGUGGAAUAAACGCUUCUCUUGCGGUGAAUCCAGAUACAACUAUGCAGAUUCCUGAGGUGGACCAUCUCUUCUCCGACCUGGAUGGCGACUUAUUCUUAAACUACGAUAUGAAUUUUGGGCUGUCUGGGUUGACUUAG